UCUCACCAUAAUCAUGUCAUAUUCAGAGCUCUGCGCUUCAAUUUCUCUUUCUAAAGCGAAACCCCUUUCUCCAUGCCCGCCAUUUUCAUCGAAUUCUUCAUCUCCGACUACUUCUGUCUUUCUCCCCUCUCCCUUUUCGUUUCCUCUCCCCACCGCCAUCUCCAGCCACCAUCACCUCCACCACCUGCCUUUUUGCCGCACCGGCAACCGCCCGAACCUUUUCUGCAGGGACUCACAGGUCUCCGGCCCCAAAGAUUUCGACGAGGAGGAUGAUAAGUUGUCGGAUGAGUCUGACGUUGACGACGAGAGCUUCAAUGUUGAAUCAAUGGAACACGAAGCCAAAUUCGCUGUUAAAGAAUUCUCCCACGCUUUGUCUCGUCAAUUGACCAUAGAUGAUGAUCCUGCUGAUCAAAAGGAAACUAGCAUAAAGAGGAGAAAGCAUAAAAGCAGUGCUAAAAAUAUCCCUGAUCAUCUGCUUCCCAGGGUUACGAUUGUUGGAAGGCCAAAUGUUGGUAAAUCAGCUUUGUUUAACCGUCUUGUUGGGGGAAACAAGGCCAUUGUGGUGGAUGAACCCGGGGUUACUAGGGAUCGUUUGUAUGGUAGAUCCUUUUGGGGAGAUUAUGAAUUUUUGGUCAUAGAUACAGGAGGUGUGGUUACCAUUUCCAAGUCGCACGAUGAUGUUAUGGAAGAAUUGGCUAUCUCAACGACCAUUGGUAUGGAAGGCAUACCACUAGCCUCUAGGGAGGCUGCUGUUGCCAGGAUGCCAUCAAUGAUUGAGAAACAAGCCACUUUUGCUGUGGAGGAAUCAUCUGUCAUCAUAUUUCUUGUUGAUGGCCAGGCAGGUCUCACUGCUGCUGAUGUUGAAAUAGGGGAUUGGUUACGAAAGAAGUUCUCGCACAAGCAUAUUAUUCUUGCAGUGAACAAGUGUGAAUCUCCAAGAAAAGGUAGCAUGCAAGCAUCAGAGUUUUGGUCUUUAGGGUUUUCGCCACUUCCUAUAUCUGCUAUAUCAGGUACUGGGACUGGAGAACUUCUUGAUUUUAUUUGCUCAGGAUUAGAGAAAAUUGAGGACUAUGAUGAUGUUGAAGGGAAAGAAGAUUUCGUUCCUGCCAUUGCAAUUGUUGGCCGACCAAAUGUUGGUAAAAGUAGUAUUUUGAAUGCCUUAGUCAGAGAGGACAGAACAAUUGUUAGCCCAGUAAGUGGAACAACACGUGAUGCUAUUGAUACGGAGUUCACUGGACCUGAUGGCCAGAAAUUUCGGCUGAUUGACACGUCUGGUAUAAGGAGAAGGGUAGCUGUAGCUUCAUCGGGCAGCACCACAGAGGCUUUAUCAGUUAAUCGAGCAUUCCGUGCCAUUCGUCGUUCUGAUGUUGUGGCUAUUGUGAUUGAAGCCAUGGCAUGUAUUACGGAACAGGAUUACAAGAUUGCUGAAAGGAUAGAGAGAGAAGGGAAGGGUUGCCUGAUUGUUGUGAACAAGUGGGACACAAUUCCGAACAAAAAUCAGCAAACUGCAACUUAUUAUGAGCAAGAUGUAAGAGAUAAGCUCCGUCUUCUCAGCUGGGCACCUAUCGUGUACUGUACUGCAAUAGCUGGGCAUAGCGUUGACAAAAUCAUUGAUGCUGCUGGUAUGGUUGAGAAAGAGCGAAAGAGAAGGUUAACUACAGCAACACUAAAUCAAUUGGUGCAGGAAGCAGUUGUUUUCAAACCACCUCCAAGGACUAGAGGUGGCAAGAGAGGACGUGUUUAUUAUUGCACACAGGCAGCAGUUAGACCACCUACAUUUGUCUUCUUUGUAAAUGAUGCAAAGCUAUUUCCGGAGACAUAUCGCCGUUACAUGGAAAAGCAGCUGAGAUCAAGUGCAGGAUUUUCAGGCACUCCAGUUCGGCUUUUAUGGAGAAGCAGAAGAAAAAUGGAAAAAGAUGAUAGGAGGUCUGCUGCAACAAAUUUUGCCCAAGAGAAUUACAUUUCUGUUGAUAGAAGGUUGGCUGUAGCUUAGCUGAACUUGCAUUAGCUGUAAUUUGGAAAGAACAGAAUUUUAUCUUAGUUUUGACUGGAUUCACACUUAGCAUAGGAGAUCCAGUAAAAAAGAGUCCUACUUUAGAAGUUUCAACACGUAAAAAGAGUCUGUUGUACUGAAUUGUGUUGUUUAAUUUAGUUGUCACUAGUCUACAAUCUUGAACUCUCUGGUGAAGAGAUGUAGAGGACCUGAUUUUGAUUACAAGCUGGACGAGGAGUUGAGGACAUUCUGCUAUGUGUCGACUUUUGCAGGGAUACAUGUUCAAAUGUAUUUAUGAAGCCCUACCAUGUGAAGAUGAUUCAAGAUCUCUAUGUUUUUUUCAGCAAAUUAUACUAUUCUUUUGUUUAUUUCUCAAGUGGUUCUCAUUUAAUUCGGAUGGCAUAUGGGUUUUU